UCGAGACCGCAACGUGUCUUGAAAGCAAAAGAAAAGCAAGGCGUAGAGGGAGAAGAGAGAAAAAUUGUAGAAGCGACUGUGCGUGAUAGGAAGGAAGGAUCCUGAGCAGAGCUUCUACAGUAUGACGAAACGUAAACGCGUCGGUACCGGUGGUCGUGCGUCAGGGUCAGGCCUGAAGAGUCAAGAUAGUGUAUCCGAGGGAUCAGAAGGGCGCGAAAAGAAACGUCGAAAGCGAUCCACAUCGCCAAAUGACCCAGCUGACAUUUGUGCAGAAUUAUACGAAAUCAUCAGGAAUUUUAGAGAUGACAGUGGAAGAAUUCUUUGUGAAUCCUUCAUUCGAUCACCAAAGAGGAGGAACAUUCCUGAAUACUUUGAAGUUAUUUCAACUCCUAUUGAUUUGUUGAAAAUACAGCAACGUCUGAAAACAGAUGAAUAUGAGGAUGUUGAUGCUUUUAGUGCUGAUAUACAACUGUUAUUUGAUAAUGCCAUCAAGUUCUAUAAGUCUGAUGUUCAGGAACACCAGGAUGCUAUUAAACUCAGAGAGGCUUUUGAUGAGGCAAAGACAAGACUUUGUACUCAAUUGGAUAAAGGGGAAGGAAUGUUUGAUGAUGAUAUGGAAGGAGAUGGCAAUGAUGAUGAAGGGGAUGAUGAUGGUGAUGAGGAAAGUGAGGAUGACGACAAGACAGAGAAGGGCAAGCAGUUGUUUUAUAAGGAUGGAAAUGCAUUUGGAAAAAGACAGUCUGGUCUCCCAGCAGAUGAGGAUGAUAAUGAAUCAUCAUCCACACGAGAUGAUGACGAAGCAGAUUCUGCCUCUAAUGUUCUCACUUACUGUGGGGAACUUGUAAGUGCAGUGUUGGAAAUGAAAGAUAACCAUGGAAGAGUUAUUUGCCAGCUUUUCAAGAAGAUACCACCUGAAUCUCUUUAUCCAGAAUACUAUGAGAUCAUCAAAGAACCCAUAGACUUGAAAACAAUUUGCACUAAACUGAGAAAUAACCAAUAUGUGAACCUUGAGGAUGCUGAGAAAGAUCUGUUGUUGAUGGUCAAGAAUGCCCAUGCCUUCAAUGAGCCAGGCUCUCAAGUAUAUAAGGAUGCCACUGCAAUUAAGAAAGCAAUACAGACAAAGAAGGCAGAAAUUGAUCACACACUGAUGGGCGCCAAGUCAAGCAAAAGAUUAAAAGCACGGAGGAGCACUGGUAAAAUAAACACUUCAGUAGUAGCAUUCCUUGAGGAGACAGAAGAUGGUUUGGAAGAAAGGGCUGAAGUGCCUGAGGAAGAAGAACACACAGAAGACAGUUUACAUGGUGAUGAAGAUGGUAGUGGAGAUCAAGACUCAGACAACCCACUUAUGAUGCUUUUUUCUGAGGUUUAUCGUUUCACUGACCCAACUGGCCGUACACUCUCAGAGCCUUUCCUCAGGCUGCCAUCCAGAAGAGCUUACCCUGAUUAUUAUGAAGUAAUCACACAGCCUAUUGCUUUGUCAAAGAUCAGAUCUCAAAUAAAGACUGGUCAAUAUGAAAACAUGGAGGACUUGGAAAAAGACAUGGACUUGUGUUUUCAGAAUGCACAAACAUACAAUGAGUCCAGUUCAAUGCUUUAUAAGGAUGCUCAAAGGAUGCAAGAACACAUGAAAAAGAAGAAGGUUGAGAUUUUGAAAUUUAUGGAAGAGAAGGGAAUCAGUUUGGAAGAUUACAAGAAAAAGAAGAAGGCCAAGAAAUUGGAACCUGAGUUAGCAACAAUAGCAACAACAACAACAACAACAGCGACAGUGACAGCAACACCAGCAAAAGAGGUUACUGGUGGAGUAGUGAUUGAGAGGAAACCAAAGACAGAGAUUAGAAAACCCAAGAAAACCAAACGUGUUGAAGAGGUUGACCCUAUUUUGUUGAGAAAAAGAAUGCGUCAGCUAUACAAGGCUGUGGUGAAUUACCAGGAUGAGAAUGGAAGAUACCUUUCAGCAAUAUUUGUGGAACUUCCUUCAGCACAGGAUUAUCCAGACUACUAUCAAGUCAUAUCUGAACCAGUGUGCUUGAGCCAGAUUGAGAACAACAUCAGAGACAGCAAAUAUUCUGGGGAAGAAGAACUGAUGCUUGACUUUGAAGUUAUGUUUGACAAUGCACGUUAUUACAAUGAGGAGGAUUCCCAAGUGUAUCAGGAUGCCUGCACUUUAGAAAAAGUGCUUAGAAAAAAGAAGAAAUCACUUGGUCCCCUUCAGCAAGCUCCUUCUCAAGCUGCUGAACCACAUGCUGGGACAUCUCAAGCAACACCAGUUAAGCAGGCAACACCCACCAAGUCUGGGAGAAUAUCAUCUUCACCAGGUGCAGCCAAAAAGUACAGUCAGGUGCCUUCUGCUACCAAUGAAUUGAAGGAAUUGUGUCGGGAAUUGUUUAAUGCUGUUAAAGACUGCACUGACAGGCAUGGAAGACAACUUUGUCUCAUCUUUCAAAAGUUGCCAUCAAGAACAGAAUAUCCAGACUACUACACGUUGAUAAAAAAGCCAAUAGACAUGGCUAAGAUCAACUCCAAACUUUAUGGGGAUCAAUAUCAUACUCUGGAUGACUUCCUCUCAGAUUUUCAGCUUAUGUUUGACAAUGCUUGUCGCUACAAUGAACCUGACUCUCAGGUCUACAAGGAUGCUUUGAGCCUUGCCCGAGAAUUGUUGAGAAAGAAAGUAGAAUUAGUUGGGGAUGAGAGUAAAGUACCUAACAUGCAAGAUGUUGUUCGCAAACUUUUGAAUGCUUUGCAUCAAGCUGUGAUGACUCAUGUGGAUGACGAAGGACGCUGUUUUAGUGAUUCUCUGGCAGACUUUUCUAUACUUCAACAAGAUAAGAGACGUUUAUCCCUGUCAAGCAUUGGAGAAGCCCUCAGAAAGGGACAGUACCACAGAUUGGACAGAUAUCAAGAGGAUGUUUUUGCAAUCUUGGAAAAGGCUAGGGAGGUGUUUCGUUCAGAUACUGAGAUGUAUGAUGAUGCCGUAGAACUACAGCAGUUUUUUGUGACUCAGAGAGAUAGGCUGUGUAAAGAUGGAGAGAGGUUUGUUUCUCCAGCCCUCGUCUUUAUUAAAAGGCACCUACUCCAAGAUCUGGACGAGGAGAGAAAAUCAAAAGCUGAUGCGGAAGGCAAAGAAGAUGAAAAGCAAAGAGAGCUUGAAAAAGGAGAAGGGAAACAAAAGUCUCAAGUUCCAGUAAGCGAUGAAGCAUGUGAACAGGAGAUGUCCUACAAAGACAUAAAAAUUCGUGUUGGGGACUUUGUAUUCCUUGAACCAAGGGAAGAAGACCUUCAGCCACAUAUUGUGUCUGUUGAAAAGCUUUACAAAGAUAGUUAUGGAGAACAGUGGCUGUAUGGAAGCUGGUUUUAUCGACCUGAGGAAACGUUUCACGCAGCUACGAGGAAAUUCUUAGAAAAGGAAGUUUUCAAGAGUGAUUACAGUGAAUGCUCAAACUUGAAGCAAGUUCUGGGAAAAUGUUAUGUCAUGUUCGUUAAGGACUUCUUCAAGCAGAAGCCUGAGAAUUUCAAGGAUGAGGAUGUUUUUGUUUGUGAAUCAAGAUACAAUGUCAAGACGAAGUCGUUUAAAAAGAUAAAGGUGUGGUCUUUACCUCCAUCAAAAGUCAGUCAUGUCACAAGAGAGGAACCUCUCCACCCGAGACGUGUUCCAUCUGUUUUUGUCAACAAAAAAGGCAACACUGCACAGCCAAUGGAAAUUGAUUCAGAAGAAGCACCUGUCCAAGAUGCGAAAAAGAAUGUGGUUUUGGAGUCUCCUCAAAACGCGGAGGAGGGCUCUAUAUAUUAUGAACAGUUCUGUGUGAGAGACACUCCCUUCAAGCUUGGAGACUGUGUCUAUGUCAGGUCAGAUGAGGGAUUUCUGUGCAUGUCCAGAAUUGAUAAGUUGUGGACAGACAGAAGUGGACAUGCAUGGUUUCACGGGCCUUGGUUUAUUACACCUGCUAGUACUCAGCAUCUACCCACCAGGAUGUUUUAUGAAAAGGAAGUGUUCCUUAGCUCACUAGAAGAAACCUUGCCUACUGGCGCCAUUGCAGGAAAAUGCUGCGUGCUGCCAUUCAGGGAAUACGUCAGAUGUCGGCCCACAGAAAUUCCAGAAAAAGAUAUUUACCUGAACGAAGCGAGAUAUGAUGAAGAAGAAGGACAAUUCAGAAAACUGAAAGGUCUCAAGCGUUAUACUUUGACCGUCAGUGUGCAAGAGGAUGAAUACUAUUUCUUUGAAAAACCAAUCAGCCCAGUGAAGGUCCCCUCUCGUCUCUUAAUUGAAGACCUGGAUCUGUUAGAAGAAGAGCGUAGUCAUUCCCCAGCCUUGAAUUUGACAGAGUCGACAGGCGACGGAAGCAAGAAGCCAAAAAAACAGAGAGGUCAGUCUGGGUACCUUUUAUUUUCUCAUGAAAUGAGGUCAAGCAUCAGAAAGGAACACCCAGAGUAUGCAUUUGGUGAGAUCAGCCGCAUCAUUGGAGUCGAGUGGCGCAAUAUAAGUGCACAGAAGAAAGCUGACUAUGAAGCAAGAGCUCAACUGCAGCUUUCCCAGAAUGAAUCUGAGGGUUCUGUUGACAGUGGACAAACUAUUCCAACUGGCCCUAUUUUUGUGUAUGAGUGUUUAUGGAAAGGUUGUGAUUAUCAGUAUGAAGAUCUUCACGAUAUGAGGAUACAUCUGUUAGACAGCACAUGUCAUCUCCGCAAAUCAGAAGAUGGAUUGUUUCAUUGCCUGUGGAGCACAUGCACAAGGGUACGGCGUGGACUCAGACCAUUUAAUGCAAGUUCUAAGUUAUUCAGGCAUUGCUGGGAGGUGCAUUUAACAGGUCAACCGAAGCAAAUUACUCAGCAGCAAAGAAGCAAGAACUAUUUUCCAAAACACCGGGCAGCGCUGGUUACUUCUACUCCAGAGCCUUCAACUGCUCAGCGCACGGCUGCCACCCCUGUUACUGCGCCCUCAGCAGGCGCUAAUGGAGUGUCAGCUCACAUAAUGGCCACAAUUCCUGGGGGAAAUCAAUUUUCUCAGACAGCCAAUCAAAUGCAAGGAAAUGCUUACAUAGGAGGACGGAUAACUCCCCAAGCCAUGCAGCAAGCUCUUUAUCAAGGAAAUGCUGGAGUGAGUGGUAUGGCUUCAAAUACCUCACCGGUGUCAGGCAUGAUGCAUAUGAACAUGGGUAUGAGUGGCAUUACACAGCAACCUGCACAACAAUCUGCAGCACCGGCAGCUCAAAUUGUAGGCUUUCCACAACAGCAUCAGCAACAACUCAAGCAGCAGUACAGUCCUGCUCCACAACAACAGCAGUUUAAUUUCCAACAGCAAGUGAACCAGAUCAGCACAAUGCAACAGCAGCAGCAGCAGCAACAGCCGCACUAUCCUCAACAAGUACAACAGCAGCAGCAGCAGCAGCAACAACACCAACAGCAGCAACAACCACCACCACAACAACAGCCGCAGCAACAGCAGCAGCAGCAAGUGGCUCCACACGUAGCAGCUAUACCACCCCCUAAGGAAGCGCCGCCUCCCAUAUUUCUCGCUCCACCACCUAAACCUCAAAGGUUACAUCAUUCCGAUGCUUAUCUGAGGUACAUUGAAGGACUUCGUGAUGGGAUCCCUCAUAUGAGCAAUUGGAACCAGGCUCGCAAACCUGAUGCUUCCAGUAUGACGCCUCAACAACUGGCUCAGUUACCAAUUCAGUGGCUGGGGUGUGGUUAUGGCGACUAUGAAAAUGCUGUGGAUGCUUUGUGGAAUUUACGAGAUCACAUGCUUAGAGAUGCGCUGACUCUAUCCAAGGUCACAGAACAGUAGAUACAUUCACAUAAUUUAUUUUAGAAUGUUCUCAUAUCAGCACAUGCUAAGAAGAUGACUUUGUGUUUUAUCAAGUUGUGAACGUGUUAGUUUGCCUUGUUAUACAGCAGGAGGCCCUACUGUAAGGAAACACCUUUGUGUUUUGGGUGUUUUUGUUUCAGUAAAAGACUUUAAAGGUGUUUCCUCUGACUCAGCCUGUAUUAACCUUUUUUGUAAAUGUACUUAUUCAUAGAAGGAGUUAAAUAAAAUGGAACAUAUACCGUGA